GAUUAAUAUAUAAAUAAUAAAAGCACAUUAAAAAAAAUGUUUUUAAGUACUGACUUAUCAAAAAACUAAAAGCCAAAGUACAAUUUAUGUCAAAGGUAUAAUCGAUAAAAUUUUUAAAUCCAAGUGCAUUGCAACCAAAUUGACAUACUCAACGACUCACUACAAUUACGUAAAAAAUACGAGUAAUUUUCAAGGUCAAUUUAUGUAUCUGUUUUAAAGGAAAAAUAUUUAGUUAUCUGUCACCUCUAGAACCGUAAAGAUGGGAAAUCGAUCAUCGCUAUUAUUGAGACAAGAAGAAAUUGAACAAAUUCAACAAGAAACUGGAUUCACGCCUAAUCAAAUCGAACGUUUAUAUUCGAGAUUUACAUCUUUAGACCGUGGGGACUGCGGUACUUUGAGUCGUGAUGAUUUGUUGAGGAUACCAGAAAUUGCUAUUAACCCCUUGGGUGAACGAAUUGUAAAUUCUUUCUUUCAAGUGGAUGAUUUCAAUGAUAGAGUAAAUUUUAGACAGUUUUUGUAUGUUUUGGCUCAUUUUAGGCCGAUUAAAAAGAAUAAGGAGAAUACUUUGAAUUCAAGGGAACAAAAAUUGAAAUUUGCUUUUAAAAUGUAUGAUUUGGAUAAUGACGAUCUAAUAUCGAAGGAUGAACUAUUGGCGAUUUUGCACAUGAUGGUUGGCGAAAAUAUUAGCGAAGAUCAAUUAACAAGUAUUGCAGAACGUACGAUUUCUGAAGCAGAUAUUGAUGGAGAUCAAAUGAUUUCUUUUGAAGAGUUCUGUAAGGCUUUACAACGAACAGAUGUUGAACAAAAAAUGAGCAUUCGCUUCUUGAAUUAAUGCUAUAAAGUUACAAAUCUUAUAAUAUAAAUUAUGUGUGAAAAGUAGUGUAUCCUAAGAUUGCCGCAUAAUUAAUUGCAGUAUUUUUAAAAAAUAUGUAUGUCCUUAACCAAAGCUUAAUGUUAACAUUUACGUAGGUAUACAAUGUAAAUAACAGACCAAAUUACAGUACCAGAUAAUAUUUUAUUGUAUUUGCUAAGCAGAUUAUUUUACAAAAUAAAAUAUGAAAAUGAAUAAUGUA